ACCGACUGAGCCACCCAGGCGCCUCAAGAGUGUAUAAUUUUAAAAAAUUUUUUAGAAAGAGUGUAAUUAUCCUAAUAGAAGUUAACUUAUUUUCUGCACUGUUUUUAGAAAAUAACCUCUGACCUUUAAUAUGGAAUUUAAUCAGUAUCUGCCAUUUUCAACAGGUAUGUCAGGAAUUUGAUUAAUGUUUGAAAUCUGAUGUAGCUUUCACUUCUCAGAGACAGGAAUGUGAGAUACAGAGCAAGAUCCCAAAUAAACAAAAAUUACUUGUCGUUUUCUGAGGCAUCUAUUUAAAUCAGUUAACCUGAGAGCUCCUUUCUAACAUGAAACCCAUGUUAACUAAAUAACAUGAAUAAAUGUGUAGCCCCUAUGUACUUUUAAGUGAAUGAAUUAGGGGAGAAUAUUGCAGAAAUUAAGGCGAAGUGAAGAUUUCUGAGUGGUGAGCUCAAGAAGUAAGAAGCUAGGCUCUUGGAUAGGAAAUCAUUUCUGCUGCUGGCAGGCAGGGCCAGUCUCCUGGGUGUUUGCCCUGUGCACACAAAAAGCAUGAUCCAUAAAAGAGAAAAUUGAAAAUUGGACUUCAUUAAAGUUAGAAGCUUCUGCUCUUCAAAAGAUUAUUAAGGAAAAGUAAAGACAAGCUAUAGACGGGGAGAAAAUAUUUACAGGUCAAAUCUAUCUGAUACAAGAUUUAUAUCCAUAAUACAUAAAGAUGACUAAACUCAUAAUAAAAAACCAAACACAAUAAAAAAUGGAUAAAAGAUGUGAACAGAUAUGUCACCAAAUAUAAGCAUACGACAGGAUUCUUAGCAUCAUUAGUCAUGAGACACCAUUACCAACUUCUUAGAGUCCCUAAAAAUUAAAAAGGUUAACCAGACCAGGUGUUGGAAGAGGAUGGAGAAGAACUGGAGCUGUCAACACGGCUGGUGAGAGUGUGAAACUGGAUACCUACUUUGGAAAACAGCUUGACAAUUUCUUAAAAAGUUGACUAUACUCCUACCUGCUAUAUGCUGCAGCCAUUCUACUCCUAGGAAAGUAUUCAACAGAAAUGGAGCAUGUGUUCACAGGCCUGUGUAUAAGUCUUUUUGAUAUAUUUUACUGUUCAUAAAAGCUUUAUUCCUAUAAGCCCCAAACUGGAAACAACCAAAAUGUCCACCAAAGGUGAAUGGAUAAACCAAUUGUGGUAGAAUUUUAUACUCAGCAGUAAAACGAAGUGAACUAGUGAUACAUGCAGCAAUGUGGAUGAAUCUCAAAAUAAUGGUGCUGCAUGAAAUAAGCUAGACCAAGACAGUAUGUCAGGAUUCCAUUUACAUAGCAUUCUAGAAAAUGCAUUUAUCUGUUGUGACAGGAACCAGAUCAGUGGUUGAUCCAGAGGAGACUGUGGGAGGAAUUAGAGGCACGGAGAAACUUUGCGUGUGAUGGAUAUGUUAAUUAUUUUGAUUGUGGUAAUGGUCACACAGGUGUACAAAUGCCAGACCUCAUCAAUUUGCAUAUUUAGAAUAUGUGGUUUAUGUCAAAUAUACCUCCAUAACAGUGUUUAAAAGCUGAGUGUAUCAUGAUUCAUGUUAUAUAUACAACCAAAAUCCUUCACAAUAUAGUCUUGCGUUACCUUUUUCUCAACAAAAAUCAAUUCAUAGUCAUAGCACAAUCUAAAUACGAACAGAUUAAACAAUGUCGACUUCAGUUUUCUUUUUUUCCAGUAGCACCGCAGCCUAAGGAAAUAGUGUGAGUGUGUCUUUGCUUCAGGUCAAAGGACGCGGGGCACAAGAACAGAGAGAGCUUUUAACUUCACUCACUAGAGGGUGACCUCAUCUGAGCACGUCCUGGUCAGCAUGCCAACCUCCACCCCCUCCUAAAAAGGUGGUAAACGCAAGCAACUUUCUUGGGCGUGUGAAAGGACAGACCGGGGACAAUAAUCCUGCCAGCUCCUGUCCGAAAUUCGACAGCCGACUAUACGGCAGAUCUUACUGUAGGGAGAGUCAUGAGCCCGAAUUAAGUUGAAAGAAAAGAAAAAGGAAGGGAAAGGACGAAAAGAAAAGAAAAAGAGAACAGAAGAGAAAAAAAAAGACAAAGAAUAGGCAACGGCUCCGGCCCAAAGACCCAACUCUGCCUGGUCACGUGCCCGCGCCCCCAACUUUCUGGUCCGAUGCGGCUUCCAGGCCCUGUACUUUUGGUUCCGCCCGCUGGCUGUCGGCUACUACCCGGCGCAUUUCCGGCCGUGGUGGUACAGUCUGCGGAAAGUAGGGCACUUCGUGCCCACCGACCAUGCCCGCGGGCGUGUCCUGGGCCACCUACUUGAAAAUGUUCGCCGCCAGCCUCCUGGCCAUGUGCGCCGGGGCCGAAGUGGUGCACAGGUACUACCUGCCGGACCUGACAAUACCUGAAAUUCCACCAAAGCCUGGAGAACUCAAAACGGAGCUUUUGGGACUGAAAAAGAGACAACAUGAACCUCAAGUUUCUCAGCAAUAGAAACUUCAAAAUACAACUCUGUCAAGAACUCCGUGAACAUUUUAAGUAUUAAACACAUCUUUUUAAAGUCUGUUGAGCCAACUGCUUGUCUUUAAACACCUAAUGCAGUGCGAACUGCAAGAGGAGGUGCUCAGGUGUUAGCUGAUGCGUUGAGAUUUUAUUACAGAUUGACCACUAUUUCUUGAAAACUGCCAAAAUAUGUAUCAUCAGCUUUUUGAAUGUGAAUAGAUACUUAGUCUUGAAUAUUAUGUGAGAAAGAAUGUCUGCAGUGUUCCCUGCCCUUAUAAUUCUGGGUUAUUUCUCUGAAUAAGCUUGACUAUCAUGGCAUAAUGGGAAUUCUGAAUUAACUAUAAUAAAAGUGCCAUUGACACUGAAAGCUUAUGGUAUGAAGUUAAUAUUUCUCCAAAACUGGAAAGUGCUACUAAACUGAAUUAAGUUGAAAUAUUUAAAGUUUGAAGUUCCUUUUUUUUUUUUUUUAAGUUUAUUUUUCAGAGAGAGAACGUGUGCACGUGCAAUCAUGCAAUCGGGGUCCUCGAGGGGCAGAAGGAGAGAGAGAAUCCCAAGGCUCCGUGCUGUCAGCACAGACCCCAAUGCAGGACUCGAUUCCACAAACCAAGAGCUCAUGACCUGAGCAUAAAUCAAAAGUCAGAUGCUUAAGUGACUCAGCCACCCAGGCGCUCCAAAGUUUGAAGUUCUUUGUGUACUUGACAAAAUUAUGAGAGAUGUCACUUGGACUGUCGCAAGUUCUUUACCCCCAAAUUUGAGAAACCAUGUUACUAUGUAAUUAUUCUUACAAAAUAAAUUUUAAAAUAACUGAAAAGCUUAAA